AUGUCUGCCAAACUAUUCUCAUUAGAAUCUCUUUCUUCUUCCUUCAAAGUCCUUAGUAAGCCAAAGAGCACAUCAUCUUUGCAAUACAAGUUUCCCAAAGCGCAUGCAACCCACUUCAAGUUUCAGAAAUACAACUCCCUUGCGUAUCAAGUAGGAGAAGUGAUGUCGAAUACUAUACUGUUUUUCCAGUUUGAGGGUACAUUGUUGAAAUCAUCUUCACUCUUCCCUUAUUUCAUGCUUGUGGCCUUUGAAGCUAGUGGCUUCCUUAGAGCUCUUACUUUGUUUCUUUUGUACCCUUUUGUUUGUAUGGUUGGUGGAAAGCUAGGUCUCAACAUAAUGGUGUUCAUAUGUUUCUUUGGUGUUAGAAAGGAUAAAAUGAGGAUCGGGAAUUCUGUGUUGCCCAAAUCUUUCUUGGAAGAUGUUGGGAGUGAAGGGUUUGAUGUGGUGAUGAAGUGUGGGAAAAAAGUUGCAGUGAGUGACUUGCCUAAAGUCAUGGUUGAAGGUUUUCUGAAGGACUAUAUUGGGGUUGAUGCUGUUGUUGCAAGAGAGCUCAAAGUGGCUGGUGGAUACUGUAUAGGUUUGAUGGAGGAAAUGAACACAAAAGGUCUGGAGUCAAAUCAGAUUCUUGGAGAUGAAAAACAAAGCAAUAGUCAAACAACACAAACAAUUGGUAUUUUUUGCCACAACAAGUUUAUCCAUCAGCAACUCCUUUCUCAAAAUUGCAAGGAUGUCUUCUUGGUUAGUGAAGCUGAGAAGAGAAACUGGAAAAGCCUUCCAAGGGAGAAAUACCCAAAACCAUUGAUCUUUCAUGAUGGAAGAUUAGCUUUCAGACCAACCCCAAUGGCCACCUUGGCCAUGUUCACGUGGUUACCACUAGGAUUCUGCAUCUACUUCAUCAGAUUCAUAGUUGGCAUGUUUCUGCCUCACUGUAUUUGCCUUCCAAUCUUGGCCUUCACUGGCGCAAUUACCACAGUUUCAAAACAACCCAGAUCCUCAAACACUUCAGCUAAUGUUGAAGAUCAAGUAAAACCAAGAGGCAGACUUUAUGUUUGCAACCACAGAACCUUGCUUGAUCCACUCUAUGUUCAAGCAGCUACUGAUAAAUCUCUCACUGCAGUCACAUACAGUAUGAGUAAAAUCAAUGAGAUCAUUGCUCCCAUGAAGACUAUCAAAUUAACAAGGGACAGAGAAAAAGAUAGGAAUCAAAUGGAUAAGUUGUUGAGCAAAGGAGACCUUGUAGUUUGCCCAGAAGGCACCACAUGCAGAGAGCCAUAUUUGUUAAGGUUCAGUCCUCUAUUUGCUGAGCUGACUGAUGACAUUAUUCCUGUGGCCGUGGAUGUGCAAGCUGACAUGUUUUAUGGCUCAACUGCUAGUGGCUUUAAAUUCUUGGAUCCAAUCUUUCACUUGUUAAACCCAAAUCCUGUUUAUACAGUCAGGAUUCUUGAGAAGUUACAAGCAUCAGACACAUGCAUGUUUGGUGGAAAGUCGAGGUUUGAAGUUGCCAAUCUUGUGCAAAAUGAGAUAGGCAAAGCUUUGGGAUUCAAGUGCACGAGUCUUACAAGAAAAGACAAGUAUAUGAUUUUGGCAGGCAAUGAUGGAAGCAUGAAGGAAUCAAGGUGUUGAUUGACUGGAGAAAUAUGACAAGCUGGUGGGAAAGCAUUUGUAUGGUGUGAAGAAUAAAAAAGCAAUAUCGUUUAAUAUCAUUAGCAUCAAGAUCAAGUGUAAUGU